AUGCCCUUCGCAGGAGAAUGGUGCAAAGUAUGGAUUUAUUUCGGAUUCGUUUUCGCGUGGGCGAAAGGUGCACGUCCACGCUUUGAUACUUCCACGGAUAUGGGAUUAGUCUUAGUUCCAGCGGAUGCUGAAGUAGAUUCCGUCAUUUUUCGUCUUCGCGCCACUGACCAGGAUGCAGAUUUUCCACUCGUUUUCGAAAUAACCGCUACCAUCACACCUGUUGUAAGGAUCGACAACCUGCCGUGCACGUUGUAUAACAAAGUGUGUCAAGCAAAUGUGAUUCUAACGAAACGGCUGGUUCCCGGACGCCUUCACGAUUUUGCCGUGAGGGUUAGGGACACGAAGGGAGACUCGAACUCGAUGCAAGCCACUAUUUCUGUUACGAACGCGACCACCCCUCGUGAUAAAAUAUUCCCGCACAUACCUUCCCUCAUUAUGGUGCCCGAGGAUACCAAACCGGGCAAAGAGUUAGAUUAUCUUCUAGUGAGAGCCAAUUCUCGAAGCGGAAAACCUGUUUAUAUCGAACUAUGGCAACCAAAAGAACUUUUUACCAUAAGGCAACGGCAAACGCCCAUCCAAACACGAGGAGUAAUCAUACUAACUGGAGAGUUAGAUUUUGAAACGCAAUCUAUGUACACCCUUACCAUGUAUGCAACGGAUCCGUACACGGAACAGGGGAAGGAUACGAGAAAUAUCGCGGGUCUAAGCGUGGUUGUGAUAGUUCAAGACGUACAAGAUGUCCCUCCAAUUUUUACCUUGGCACCUCCCCUCACGAGGAUUAAUAAUUCCAUACAACCUGGUGAUAUAGUGGUGCGAGUGCAUGCAGAAGACGGAGAUAAAGGAGUGCCACGUGAAAUCGUGUACGGUCUCGUGUCCGAAGGCAAUCCUUUUACACCGUUUUUUAACAUCUCGGAGACAAGUGGUGAAAUCACUCUUGCUAGACCUUUGGAGGAGCUCACGCAAAUCACGCACGUCGGAGCUCCGGUUGUACUUACGGUAGUUGCUGAAGAGAUAAGAAGGAACAGGGACGAGCCACCAGCCCAAGCGACAGUUGUCGAUGUUGGUUUCCUUCUUGGGGAACCAGGAAACAGUCCACCGUACUUCGAGAGUGAUAAUUACAUUGCCACGAUAGACGAGAAUCCUGAACCGGGGACCGUGAUAAACUUUGGUGAACAAUAUUCGACAAGGGUGAAAGAUGAAGAUAUCGGGAAGGCAGGAGUGUUCACGUUAAAAUUGGAGAAUAACAAUAAUACAUUCGAAAUAAAUCCAACAGUAGCGGAGCGUACUGCGGAUUUUGUUGUAACCGUACGAGAUAAUACGCUAAUUGAUUACGAAUUGUACAAAUCUUUAUCGUUCAAGAUCGUUGCUCAAGAAGUUGGUCCGGCGACAAAUCUGUCGGCACUAGCGCCAGUUAUUAUAUUUCUAAGAGACGUCAACGAUAAUUCACCGAUAUUCGAUGAAGAAUCGUACGAAGUGACGUUGUCCGAAAACGUGACCGAAGGUUCGCGCGUGACACAGGUGCACGCAACCGACAAAGACACAGGUAUCUACGGAAGUGUUCGAUAUACCGAUAUAAGAGGAGAGGGGAGCGAAGCUUUCACCAUGGAACCAGACACAGGAUUGAUAACCGUCGCGAUGGGCUCUUCUUUGGAUCGAGAAAUCGCGGCAAGAUUCGUGUUAACCGUGGAAGCACGAGACGAGAAUGGGAAUGGGAACAGAGGUGUUGUUCCUUUGAUAGUUAAUUUAUUAGACGUCAAUGACAAUCCACCGAUAUUCGAAAAGGACGUUUACGAGUUCGCGUUGAACUCUGAUCUCACCAACUUUACAUUGCCAGCUUUUAUAAAGGCUAUCGACGCUGAUUCAGAGCCGCCCAAUAACGUGGUUAGAUACGAGAUAAUCCACGGGAAUUACGAGAACAAAUUUUAUUUAAACGAUUCGAGCGGUGAAUUGAUACUUUUGUCGCCAAUUACGAAAAUCAGGCGAAAGAAGCAGAGCGCUUAUGACAGAUUUUCGAAGAAAAUGGGAACGAAAUUUGUGAAAAAUCGGGGAGAAAUGGAUCACGCGUACGGAAACGAAUUAUCGAUGAAUAAUCAAAACAGGAUGAACUCGGGAAAUUUAAGUGGGGAAAUGAUAAUGGAGGUGAUAAAGAAGCGACGGAAACGAGCCAACGAUGACCCAUUGUACACUCUUACUGCCAGGGCAUACGAUUUAGGUGUACCGCAUCUUUCGAGCGAAACGAAAAUUCGAAUAUUGAAUGGCGUCGCUAUGGAAGCGCGGAUAAUGAUGUUCGUGGUGCCGGGAGAACAACCAGAUUCAACGAAAACUGCCGAGACUUUAGCUGCUAUUACAGGUGGCCGAGUCACCGUUUUAGAAACUCGCCCUUAUAUUCAACAGAAUCAUACCGGAGGUACAGGGAUUCUCGCUGGAGGAGGAGGGAAAAAGAGUAUCGUUAUAGCUCGAGUUGAACAAACGGAGCCAGGCACAUCGUUGGUAGAUGUGGAGAAGAUUCGAGAAACUUUGGCUGCCAAUGGGGUUGGGAUUAUAGGAGGAACCGAUGCGAUUAUGAAUACAACGAACAUAGACAAUACAAAGGUUCCACUUGACGGAACGCCUAGACAUACCACUGCUAACGAUGGCCAAACAACUGUUAUCAAUAACACGAUUACCACUGCUCAAAACGAAGAAGUGACCGUUUACAAAGCAGAAAACAAAUUGUUAUUCUGGCUUCUGAUAAUACUGGGUCUACUCAUGCUCUUGGCCGUCGCCAUAUUGAUUGCUUGCUGCAUAUGUCCCGGAUGCCCGUUUUACAUGGCGCCCAGGAAAAGGCGAGUACAUUCCUCAGAAAUGUUGGUCGUACGUGCGGACGGAAGACCGAAGAGGCAUCUUCAUCGGCAACCGGCAAUACCUAUCGAAGUAUCGUGGAAUGGAAGGAAACAAGCGUGGAGCGCGGAUCCAACAAGAAGGAAUUGGCAAUUCAACAAAAGAAACGUGAAAAAUUGUUCCCUACCUGGGGACGUUGCCUAUAUUUCCGGGCAACCGAACGAUAUUCGCAUGAGCGUCGAGGCUCAAAGAUUGAGAGACGGGGGAGGGGGGCGUUCUUACGAUCACUCGAGGAGGAGUAGGAUGAACGAGCAAGAAAGAAUGUACAUGGAGGAUAUCGAAGAUCAAAAGGGAAGAGGUUACCGCACCGCCGAAUUGGAAUCUUUGCAACGGCACGAGAUGGACAGAGGUUCGGAUCUGCAACAGCAACAUGCUUACAGGCAAAGAUUCGUGGAACACGACACGAACGAAGAAACGGCGGUGAGAGAGCAACACUUUUUCCGCGAGGGAAACGCCGAAGUCCUUCGACUAGUAACGCGAGGACAAGUAGAAGAGAACGCGACGUCCCAUCCUCAACCACAUCCUCACCGUCCACCAACUUUAAUCAUAGACGGUAAGGAUAUAAUUCUGCAAAGGUUCAUAGAGGACCAGAAGUCAAGGCACGAGUUGUCGAUGCAGGACAUCGAGGCAGCUCGUAGCAUGGAAUCUCAUCAACGAUCGAAAGACGUUUGCAACCAGCAACCGGAGAUAAUCUUGAUACCGGAAAGGUUGGAGCUCGGUCACAGGCAACACGUAGAGGAGAUCGGGCCCAACGUUCAGAGGCUCGUGAUCGAUCACGAUCGUGAUUACGAGGCUCGAAAGGAGAAGGAGUCUCGUACGAUGAGAGAAACGACGAGGCAAGAGGCCGGCUCGAUCGUUGAGAGGCCAACGUUGAUCGUUGCCAAGGAUCAAUCGAACAACGCCCAGUAUCCCUUCCACGAUUUGGAAUUGGCAAGGCAAAACGUUUUGCUGACACGAUUAUUGUUGGAGAAGGAAAAUCGAAGAGCGGGUGUGAUGGAUUCUACCAGCUAUCUGGAGACGCAGAGUCUGCCCGGCCAGGUGGCGAUAGCCACUCAAACGGAUAGAACGGCGGCCACUCAGACGGAUCGCCACGUGAAGAGCAGAAGCGACAACGACGAGUCGGAAAACGAGGAGUCCAGAUACAGGAAGAGGUUGAGAUCUAGGAAGAAAUACGGGGGGGACGGGGAUUGGAGACGGUCUAGAACCCUGUGGAUGAAGUCGCCGAUCGAGGAAGAGGGCAGCCCUUGCUUCGAUAAACGAUUGAGCAUCCUGAGGAAGAAAGUGAGAGAGGUGAAGGAAGGGAGGAAGAUUUCUCUGGAACCGGAAGUGUUGCGAGAGAUCUCGGAUUCUUUGGACGGGAACGGAAGCUCGUGCAAAGGCGAGGAAGACGAAACGAUGAGGAGUUAUAGAAAAUCAACGGAGCAAACGAGUAUCAGUUACAAAAUAUUGAACGAAAAGGAGAGCGGAUCCUCCGAGGAGAGGAGGAAAGAGAAACGUAGCGAGGAGAAAAGUAGCGAAGAGGUAACGGACGAUCGGAGGGUGAACAACGUCACGGAAUCGUCCUCGCCAGAGAUAAAAGUUCAACGUGAGAAACACGUUGGCCCCAAGGAGAAAAGUCCUAAAAGGGAAACGAGGUCGAAGGCGCAGAAGUCGGAGGGAGUGAUAAAGCCAAGUUUCAGGAUUCUCGAGAAAGAAUUUACGUUGCUCACGAAGAAACUGAGUAAGUUGGGGGACAAGAAAUUCCAGGAGAGCAGUGACAGCACCUGUCAAGAAAAGUCUGACUCCAAGGAGGCGAGAAAGGACUCGGAUCAAAAGAGUUCGAAAAAAAUGGACCCUUCAACCUCGCAGAAGCACGAAACGACGUCAAAACUGGAGCAGAAAGGAAAGCAGAGAAAAGAUUCGGCUAUAGCUAAGACGAAGCAAAAGUUGAAGUAUCAGCAGAGUCAAGUCAUGAGUACAGGUAGUUCGGAACUUGACGAUUCACUUGGGUUUGACAAACCGAAGAAGCCGACGCGCCAUGAGAGCACGAAGCAGAAACAAUCUGUUGGUAACCAUGGGAAAGUGAAACGAUUGGUACAACAGAUGGAUCGACGAGAAUCGAAAAAGCAAGUGUCUGAAUCGAAGGAUGAGGAAACGGAGAAACGGAAAGAUGGAUUAUCGAAAGGAACUCCGAAAGGUGAAUUAAAAUCUGAGAAGAUUGGAAAGAUGGCGGCAAAGGCGCCGAAAUUAAGCGUUGUGUCUCGUAAGCAAAACGUGGUCGAGGAAACCAGUACUAGUACGGAAGAGAAAAGGGAAGGGGAAAGGGGUGCGUUCGCUUUCGAGAAAAAGAGCAGUACGGAUUUUUCAGAGAAAGAUUCGAACGGUUUGUUUCAACCUGAAAGGGAGAGGCUCGAGAAGAAAAUAAUUCAAAAAUUUAGCGAUGAUUUUGUUGAAAGGUCAAGGGAAGAUAUCAGUGAACAAAAAGUGACUACUUCCACGGAAGAAGAUACAGCAAGCAUGGAGGAACGAAAAGUUGGUAUGGUCGAAUCAUCGAAAAAUGGGAUACGUAGGAGUGAAGAUUUAUUUGAAAAAUCUACGAGAGAACAGGAAGAACGUGUUAGUUCAAAGAAAGCGUUAGAUGAUUCGGCUCAUUUGCAUACCAAGGAACAAUUAAUUACAGAUAUUAAGUUCAUCGAUAUGGGUCCAAUUAAAAAAGAAGAAUUAGGUAAAAUUGUCGUACGAGAUCAGAAGGUUGAUAAAAUGGCGUCUAAAGUAGAACCUAUGAAAAUCAAAGAACCAAUGAAACGAGAGGAUGAGAGUAUAAAAUAUAGUGAAGAAGAGGAUAGAAUAAAAGAAACUAAACGUGUGGAUGAAUUAGUAAGUAAAAGUGAGAAAGAAAUAAUUGAACGGAUUCGAGAUAAAUUGGAGGAGUACAUGGAAAGGGAUAAACCACUGAAUGGUUUUAAAAAACAAAUUGAAACUAAACUUGAUACUAGACUAGAAGAACCGGAACAAGAAGACAGAGAAUUAAGUGACACGUAUAAAUAUUUGAAAGAAGAAAUAGAGAAAAUGUCAGAAGAUUUCAAGAAGAAACGCGACGAGUCCAAGAAAACAGAAUCAGAAGAAGAAGAAGAAGAGAAUGUAUUGUCAAGAUGUGAACACGAUAUAGAGGAUAAAAAUGGCGCAAGACAGAAGGCAGAAAAAAGGAUACAAGUAGAAGUACACAUGCCUAUAGAAAAAGAGCACAAUGGCAAAAUGGGCGCAACGCAAGAAAUGGAAAAGGACGUAAAAUCUCAAGUUUUAAGCAAUGAAAAAGAUAGUAUGAAAUUCGAUAUUACAGAUGUACAUAUACAGGAUAAAUUAGAGGAAGAAAAACAAGUAAAACUCGUAGAUAUUUCAAGCACAGAUCACAUUUUUGAAAAGGAAGAUUCGACAAAAAUUGCAUUCAAUGGUGGUGAUAAAGAAAAAAUUAGUUUAAGUAUGGAGAUUCCUCAUAAAGAAGAAACUACAUCAAUGAUAGAAACUGAUAAACAAAUAGAAGAAAGUAUUUUUUUAGAUGAUCGAGAAAUAGAUGAUAAAGAAAAAGAAGAUAUUAAAAUUAAGCCUGAUAAUCGAGUCAUGGAAAGUAUUAUUACAAGUAGCGAAGAGAAGAAAAUUAGCGACGAAGAAAAAUUUAUUGUAAAAAGUAUAGGAGAAGAUUAUGAAAAAACGAUGGAAGACUAUAAAAUUACUGAAGAAAUAAGUCAGGAUAAAAAAAUUACUGAAGAAAUUAAAGAUCAAAAAUUUGAUGCAGAAACAAUCGUGGAUUAUGAAGUAACUGAAGAAACGGUAAAGGAUCAAAAAAUUGAUAAGGAAGAGACGAAGGAUCAUAAAUUCGAAGGAGAAACAAAUGAUACAAUGGAGGAUGACGGCAUUUCUGAAAAAAUAACUGUGAGUCGUAUUGAACAAACAUCUAAGGAUGAAGAGGUUAAAAAAAUUUCAGAGGAUUAUGGAAUUGCUGAAAAAGCAACUGAGGAUUUUAAAAUAACUGAGGAAGUAACUACAGAUCAUAAAAUGGAAGAAAAAGUAACGGAGGAUUACACAAUAGUUGGAGAAAGAUUUGACGAUGAUAAAUCUCUGAUAAAAACUGACUUUACUACUAAGGAAGAAAUAUCUGAUAAAAAACAAGAUUCAACAGAAAUUGAUAAUAAUAAAAUUAAAACAAAAGAAAUCAUCGAUGAUCAUCAAAUUAGUGACAAAGAAAUUGUUCCAGCAACAUUAGAAAUUGAAGAAAUACCUAUUGCUGAAAAACAGGAUGAUAUCCAAGAACAUCGCAUUGAAAAAGAAGAUGUACCUCCGAGAAUAUCUCACGUUGAUAAAGAUGACGAGAUCAAAGAAAAAGAAGAUUCGUCAAAAAUUUCAACUCAGGAAAUUUCAAUGGAAGUUUCUAUCGUCCCUUCAAUCGACGAUAAUGCAAAACAAGAAACAUCAACAGACACAGAAUCAACCGAAGAUCACGCCAGUAAAAAGGAUAGUGUUUUCUCAGAAAUGUUUAAAGCUGUCCAUUCGUUAGUCGAUAAAUUGACGAACGGCAAAAGAUCAAGAAAGACGAGUGUAGAAGAGGUUGCAAUCACUGAACUUUCAGAUGAUAAAAUUAUCCAGAAAGAAGUGGCACAUCCUGAUGAUGACAAGGAGAAAUGUCAAGAAGAUAGUUCGAUUACCAGCGAGCCAUCCGCUUCUCGAGUAAGUAGUGAUUCGAUAAAAUUAAUGGAAGAGCAAAUGGACGAUAAGAAAAUUACAUCAAAAGAUAAACCUCUCGAUUCCACGGAUGACAAAAUAGCUAUCAGUCCAGAGGAAACGACAGGCGAGAGUAUGCAAAUCGAUAUCGUGUCAGAAUCGAAGAAAACAGAAUCCGAUGAACAGUUUGGGAUAGACAAAGAUGAAACGAUAAAAUUAAUAUUAGAAAAACCUCUCUUAGAAAAAGUAGAAAUUGAUAAACCUUUGAAAUACGAUCCAGCAUCGUUGAUACAACCGGCGGACGAAAAACUAAAGGAUGGAAAGGACACCAGCGAAAUAUCAUCGAAGAAAACAAUCGAGAUAAGCGAGGAAUCGAAAGAAGCGAUCCCAGAUAACGAAAGGAUGGAUGUGAAACCGUUACGAAUCACCGAGGAGGAGUUGUUGCGCGUACCAACGUCAAGCAAAGCGAGCACUAGUUUUCAGGAGAUCGAAUCGCUUCGAAGUUCUUCUCAGACGACUACACAGGAGAAGGAAAAGUUAGUCUCUGACUCCAUUAUAUCCGAAACUUCAACAGAUUCCGCGAAAACAUUGGAAUUUGAAAAGCAAUUGAAGUCAGCAGAAAGCAAACAGAUUGAAUUACAAGAAAUGGAAGAAUUUGUCGAGGGAGAAAGUUUCAUUGUGAGAGCAUCGUCUCCUGAGGGACAAUCGCGGAGCACAGAAUCUGAUGUACACACGAUUGUUUACAGGGACGAAUCGGAUAAGCGAGAAGAUCGAACUAAGGGGGAAAUGGAUAAAACUUUGAGGAAGCAUAUAGAGGAAGAGGGGAUACCUGUUGAAGAGGAAUACGUAAGCCUUCCACUUUUUACAAGCAUAAUAGAUACGAUGGAUGAUUCCGAGGACAGUGAUUCAUCGAGCGAUAUUUCCAGGAAGACAACGUUAACCACCAGACCGUAUCAAACCCCGCGAAAUCGUGCUCGACAGGUUUCCGAGAGAGAGAGUAGCCAAACGGAGGAAGUGGCUGAAAGUGUCGGGGAUGAGGAACAAGCGAUAUUAGCUGUCGAGGUGAUAGGAAAUGGGAACGUGGACUCGCCGAAAGAGGAAAGGAUGCUUGAAAAAGUUGAAGACGCGGAACAAGCUCCUUUGACGAGAUCAACCGAGGCGGUGAAAGGUGAAGAAACUGGAUCGAGGGAAGAAUUUAUAAAUGUACAACCGCGUUUCAGUGGAGAAAAAUUAAGGGCAACGAGCGAUACGGAAAUAGACAAAGAGUCUUCGACGAAACAUACGAAAGAUACAAAAUCUGAAACGAAACAUGGAAAGGAUGGAAAGAUUAAUAGAGAAGACGAACCGUCAUCGGCCUCCAAACUUGCAAAAACUGAUACUUUCAAAGUUGCCGAUAAAAAGGCGAAGGAACAAGAGAGGAAAAAAAUACCCCCGCAAAGGAAGAAAAAAAGUUGUUCCGAGGAAUCUCCGGACGAAGAGAAGACAACAACGCAUUCUCACGAUGCAGCGAGUCACGGUGGGUAUCGCGCACGCGGGAAGCCCUUGGAAGAUCGAUCGAGGCAAAAAGAUAGGGAUAAAACGAAACAAGGGAGAAGAAGGGAAGAAUCAGAAAAGCAAAAACAAUUUGCAUCGAGAUCGAAGAUCGACAAAGAUAAGAAAUCAUCGAGCGGUAGCGAGAAAUAUCCAACCCCGUCGAGAAGCGGGGAGAUCGACACGAGUAAAACGCAGCCGAAAUACAUGGCGUGGUACAAAAAGAACCGAGAGGAAAUGGAAAAGAGGAGAGCCGAAUUAAUGGCGACGGAUGACGAGGAGCAGCUUCCACGAUGGUUACGAAGAAGCAUGAGAAGCCAGAGAGCCGAGAAGGAAGAUAAAAAGCAGCAGUCGAGUCAGAAAACCGCUGACACGACACCGCGGACGAGGCGCAAAGUUAAACCUUUGGUAAACGUCGAAUCCGAACAAUUGAAGGCCAUUGUUCGUCAAGGUAGAAAAUUAAGGAGAGCCGAAGGAGGGAGGAACGAAGAUCCACCGAUACAGAUAUUCGCCACGACUCCGCCCCACGAUCCCAAGCAUCAUUUGGUGCAACAUUCUGAAUAUAAAUACGAGAAAGCGCCCGCGCCGUUUUACCUUCAUCCCCCUCCUCCCCCUCACCCUUCGCCCCAACUGUCGCCAGAACAUUUCGAAAUUCCGCCAACGAUGGAAUGCGGACGCACGGAUGAAGAAUUCGAUUCCGGGAUAGCGGUGUCGUUACAGGCUGGAAACAGGCGACACCAACAAUUAUUGGAAAAGAAGAGUGUGUUCGAUAUCGCGUAUAGCGAAGCGGCACCCUCUCAAUUACGUUCAGACAGUACCACACCUCCGUCCUAA